CAAACCCCCAGGUGAAAUGUUAGCUACUGCUUGUGCCCUACAGAGGAAAUCUACAGGAGGAAAGGGAGGCCCAGCCCAGACCAUACGCUGCAAAGCUGUGUGACCAGCAGAGGAACCCAGCCUCUCUCUGAAGCAAAAAUGGGUGCAUUUUGCAACUGGUAGACUCCAUUGGUAGAGAACAUUCAUGUCAGCUGCUGCGUGCUUCAGGUGCAAAUAAAUUCUAUCAACUCGAGUUCCGGAGAGAGAGAGAGACUCACUCUAGGAAGAUAAAAGAGUAAAGGAGAUGAAGAUGUUGGUCAUCUGUUGGCUCGUUCCUUCUCUGAGGAGAUAGAGCUGUUCUGUGGGUACCGAAUGCAAUGGUAGCAUUUUUUAGCAAAGCCACUAAGUGUGGAAAUGGCCAUCUACCAGCAGAUCUGAGAUUCGGAGGUGCAGUGUAUCUAAAACCCUCCAUUGGGCCGAGUGAAGCUGUGGUUCAGAGAAACUCUAUGGACAAGCUUGACUUCCAGAACAUUGACCUGGUCUCUGAGAUCAACAAGCGUAGGAAAGCCAUGGCCACAAGAGAUGAAACCAUCACCAAGAAAAGUGGCGAGGGUGAGGAAAUGCUCCCCAGCAUGGGUAUGGACCACGAGUCUCCCAGCAAAGCCCAUCUCAUGGUGCCUCCUGCUCCCCCUCCUUCUCCAGCUGAUGCUGCAGACAUAAGCAAGUACAAAUUGAAUGGUUUAAUGGGUGUGGACAUAGCAGCCAACACACAAACUCAUUUGGGGUGCCUGGGCGGGCUUUUGAAGAGUGUCCCAGAAGUCUUGGACUUCCUUUCUGUGCUCUAGAGUCACAGUUGAAUGAUGCUUGCCCUGUCUGUUCGUUAACUUUCCUACCGCUGACGGAAGUUCUGACAGAAGAACUUAAGGAAGGACAGGAGGGUUUGUUUGGGCUUAUGUUCUGAGGUGAUACAGUUUAGCAUGGCAUGAAAGGUGUGUCAGCAGGUAGCUGCCUUCACGGUGCACAAGUGUGGGACAGCUGCUUGUUCAUCUCCCAGCAGACUAGAUAAAACAGGCAGGGCAGGAAGCAGGGUCAGGCUAAACCUCAGGGCCUGUCCCCUAGUGACAUUUCCUCCAGCUAAAUUCUAUCUCCAGAAGUCCCUACAGCCUCCCCACUAAUAUCACCAUCUGGGGACCAAGUGGUCAGACACAUGAGCCUGUGGGGACAGUUCACAUCCAAACUAGUGCCUCACUGAUAACACUUCAAGGUAACGAG